GCUACUCACCAACACAUGGAACGAUUUCCUUCAUUCACUCAUUCGGUAAUCCACCGUCAUAGGUGAAGUAAACGCAUUGAAAGAUGCUCGUUCUGAUUCUAUCGAUAGUGACGAUACUAGUUGCAAUUCUUGUCGUUGUGCAUUUAAAACUGACCAAUUUCAGUCAGCUCUCAGGACCACCAGAAUGGCCCGUACUAGGCUGCUCACUGGAAUUUCUAAAUCAGAGUUCUGUUGACAUAUUCAACCUGCUUCGGCGGUAUGCACGAGUAUAUGGUAGAGCAUACAAAAUAUGCUUUGCGUAUGAUUACACGUUGGUGUUUUCAAAGCCGGAGAUAGCAGAGAAAAUCGUCAACACCCAGUCGUACGCCUCUAAAUCCCAAGACUACGACAAGGUCGCCGAAUGGGUCGGCAAUGGACUGCUUAUCUCCAAUGGCGAGAAGUGGUUCAGUCGGCGCAAAGUCCUAACUCCAGGCUUUCACUUCAAAAUACUGAACAGCUUCGUGCGAGUGUUCAGCGAGCAGAGUGAUGUACUGUGUCGUAAGUUGGCUACGUUUAACGGUUCCGAGGUGGACAUUUUUCCCCAUCUGAAGUUGUUUACGUUGGAUGUUUUGUGCGAAACGGCUCUUGGAUACAAAUGUCAAGCCCAAACCGAGAACUCUUUCUAUCCGGCGGCUGUUGAAGAAAUUAUGUCCAUACUAUAUCGACGUAUGUUCGAUCUAUUCGCUAUCUAUUUGUUCAGAUUUACGAAGGAUUACAGUCAAUUUAAGAGCUUGGUCCAUCAGACUCAACAGUUUACUUUGCGAAUAAUUGACGAACGAAGGCAGCUUUUGAACGCAUCAUCAACUACGGAGGCUAUGGAUGACAUUGAUCGUAAGAAAAUGGCUCUUCUGGAUAUACUGAUUCAAGCUACCGUGGAUGGCAAACCACUCACUGAUGAAGACAUAAGAGAAGAGGUUGAUACAUUUACAUUUGCAGGUCACGAUACUACCGCAUCCGCACUAACUUUUCUCAUCUUCAACAUUGCCAAACACCCUGAUGUACAGGACAAACUCUAUGAUGAAAUAAUCACCGUUGUUGGACGGGAUCACCAGGAACUUAGCUUGCACAUCCUCAAUGAUCUACGCUACAUGGAUCUAGUGAUCAAAGAAUCUCUCCGAUUGUUCCCGCCGGUACCGCUGAUAGCGCGACUUGCCACAGAGAAUACUCAAAUCGAGGAACUAGACGUUCCGAAAGGCACCUGUGUAUGUGUUAAUAUAUUUGAAAUGCAUCGCGAUCCAGAGUAUUUUGAUGAACCUGAACGUUUCAAUCCGGACCGUUUCGAGGCCGCUCGUGACACAGGAAAGGGGAACCCGUUCACAUACAUCCCGUUUAGCGCCGGAAGCAGAAACUGUAUCGGACAAAAAUUUGCUCAGUACGAAAUAAAAGCAGCCAUUACGAAAAUAUUGCAAAUGUUCCGUUUGGAGUUGAUCUCGGCCAACUUUGAACCUACACUGAAGGCGGAAAUUGUGUUGAAACCAGCCGGCCAGCUACCAAUACGAUUCGUAAAAAGAACCUGAACCUGAAAAUUCCAUCGAUUAGCAGGCGUAAAGUAUUAUUUUAUCCAGACAUCAAAUCGUCUUACUAAUGGAAUAAUUAGAUUAUAAGAAAACUAAGCAUUUAUUUUUCAAAUAUA